GGGCGUGGGGAGCCGGCGCUCGGCGCGGGGAGACGUGUCCUUAGGGGGCGUCGCGAACGCCCGCGGAAGGCGCGGGGACACGAGUCCGGUGUGCGCACGGCGGUGGUCUGUAGGCGGUGGCCGGACCUGGUCACCACGGCAGCGGCUUUGCUCCUCAGCUGGAGCGCCGUCGGUACCUGACUUCACGGACGCACGAUUUCCCUCUUUUCCCUCUUCAAGCCGCGGACGGGAGGUGCGGCCGGCGCGGACGGGAGCUGUCAGAUCGCCUCGGCCCAGGACGUCAGUCCGCUUCGUGCGGGACCCGCGCGCAGUGAGGCAGUUUGUCCGCGUUCGGCCACCGUCGCCCAGGCGCUGCGCUCGUCCGUCCGCCCGCCUCCGCCAUCCCGCCCCCGCGUGGGCUGCCGAGUCCCAGGGCUCGGAGCGUGUGCCUGGGGCGCGGGCGGCGUUGCCGGAACGAUGGCCUCGCCCUUUAGCCCGGGGCUCCCUCCGAGGCCGGACGAGGAUUGGGGUUCUGCUUUGUUUGCUGAACUUGGUUAUUUCACAGACUCCGAAGACCUGCACUUGGGGGCAGCAAAUGAAGCUCCGGAAAACAGUUUUGAUAACCUUGAUUUUGAUUUGGAUUUGAUGGCGUGGGAGACAGGCAUUUGGGACAUCAACAACCAGUUCUGUACAGUUAAAGAUCUUGAGGCAGAACCUCGGCUGCUUUCUCCGGCCUCCUCCAGCGGCGCGGUGCCGUCUCCGCAGUCAGUGGACUCCUGCUCCUCAACUCAGCAUGUCCCCGAGGAGCUGGAUUUAUCUUCCGCCUCCCAGAUGUCUCCCCUUUCCCUCUAUGGAGAAGGUGCCAAUGGUCCCUGCUCAGCGGAGCCACCGAAAGACGACCAGCCCCUCACGGGUCCCAGGAGCAAACCCGAAAAUGGACUGACUCCAAAGAAAAAACUUCAGAUGAAUUCAAAACCUUCAAUUCAGCCCAAGCCCUUAUUGCUUCCAGCAGCACCCAAGACUCAAACAAACGCCUGCGUUCCUGCGAAAGCCAUCAUUAUUCAGGCGCUGCCCACGCUGGUGCCAGUGGCCAAGCAUCAGCCGGUUAUCAGGAUCCACCCCGCACCCACGGAAGGUCAGACCGUGGUGCUGUCUCAGCCUGCCCUGGUACAGCUGCAGGCGCCCGGGGUCCUGCCCUCUCCCCAGCCCGUCCUGGCGGUCAGCGGGGGAGCUGCACCGCUCCCUAAUCACGUGGUCAGUGUGGUACCGGCCCCUGUGGCCAGUAGCCCAGUAAAUGGAAAACUUUCUGUGGCUAAACCUGCCCUGCAGAGUACUGUGAGAAGUGUGGGUUCAGAUAUUGCUGUGCUGAGGAGACAGCAGCGGAUGAUCAAGAACCGGGAGUCGGCCUGCCAGUCCCGCAAGAAGAAGAAGGAGUACAUGCUGGGGCUGGAGGCGCGGCUGAAGGCGGCGCUGUCCGAGAACGAGAAGCUGAGGAAGGAGAACGGCUCACUGAAGCGGCAGCUGGACCAAGUGGUGUCAGAGAACCAAAGGCUGAAGGUCCCUAGUCCGAAGCGAAGAGCCAUCUGUGUGCUGGUGCUGUUGGCGUUUGUCUUCCUGAACUACGGACCCAUCAGCAUGUUGGAGCAGGAUUCCAGGAGAACAAAUCCUAGUGUGCACCCUGCAAAUCAAAGGAGGCAUCUUCUCGGAUUUUCCGCUCAGGAGGUGCAAGACCCACCCGACAGCGUCUUCCGGAAAGACAGCCACAGCUACGACCAUUCUGUCUCCAACGACAAAGCCCUGAUGGUGCUGAGUGAGGAGCCAGUGCUGUAUCUCCCACCCCCUCCGUGUCAGCCGCUCAUCAAUACCACAGAGUCCCUCAGGUUAAAUCAUGAACUUCGAGGCUGGGUUCACAGACACGAGGUGGAAAGGACCAAGUCGAGAAGAAUGACGAACACUCAGCAGAAAACACGCAUUCUUCAGGGCGCUCUGGGCCAGGGCUCCGGCUCUCAGCUCGUGGCUGUCCAGUACACAGAGACCACCAGCAUCAGCAGGCCCCCGGGGAGGGAGCUCCAAGUGUACUACGCUUCCCCCCGAAGUUACCAAGACUUCUUUGACGCCAUCCACAGGCGGGGAGACACGUUUUAUGUCGUGUCGUUUCGAAGGGAUCACCUGCUGCUACCAGCGACCACCCAUAACAAGACCACCAGACCAAAGAUGUCCAUUGUAUUGCCGGCAAUAAACAUCAACGAGAACGUGAUCAACGGGCAGGACUAUGAGGUGAUGAUGCAGAUCGACUGUCAGGUGAUGGACACCAGGGUCCUCCACAUCAAAAGCUCCUCGGUGCCGCCUCCGCUCCGAGCCCAGCAGCAGAACCAGACCGGCUCCCUCAGCUCCCCGCCCGCAGCCGCCGAGGCCGCCCGCGUGCUCAGCGCCCUCCCGGGCUCCCUGCAGUAGCGCCCGCAGCCCCGCAGCCCGGGAGCCGGGGAGCCGGGGAGCCUGGCUGCAGGGCGGGUGCUUCCGUCCGAGAGCUCCUGCUGACGGACUUGGGGACAGAAGAGGAGCUGCCCUCUCCCGGGAGAGCCGGAUGCAGCCCCGGGCGCCUCUGGCCGCGUGGCCCUGUCCCCAGUGUUGCCUCAAGUACAGUCUCCGCACCCUGAGAGCUGCGCUGCCCUGUGUGUGUGUGUGUGUGUGUGUGUGUGUGUGUGUGUGUGUGCGCGCGCGCGCGCGCGGUGCCUUCGCAGUCAGCCCCGCGCCGCCCCCUGGGCCCAGUCCGCGGCCGCCAGCCUGCCCUGCGCGCCCACGGCCACGCGCGCCUCGUGCGUUCGGUGCACCCACUGGCGCGGCGUGUGGGCCCGGGAGAGGGGGGAGCCCCGGGGUUCGUCCGCACAUCCCCGCGUCCACACCUCCCGCACGCAGGCCCAGCGGGCGCCGGAGGGACAGAGACCGGCCCAGGGGCGCUCAGACACCCACACCCGAGGGCGGAGCACGGCUCCAGGCCACGGAGCGUGGUGGCCGUGACGGUCUCCCCGCUGACCUGGCGCGGAGCCCGCCCGCCGGGGCGCUCUGCCCGUGGGGCCGAGAGCUUCGCUGCUUGAGAGGCCGCGGGCAUUUCACUCCGAGCCCGGAGCGCACAGAGGGCUUGGGCCCUGCCCGCGUCCUAGGAGAGGACGGCCAUGCUCCCUCCUCCAGAGAACAGACAGGCAGGGCGCCUCCUGCCGCCGCCCCCACACUCUCCCCUCCCUUCCCCACCAUCAGUGCCCCCCUUAAGAGAGGGAGGGAAGAUUCAGAGUCUGCGGGCACCCAGCAGCAGGGCUCUGCCUGCGGGAAUUGGCGUUUUGAAGCUCCCCGCCCCCCGUGGGUGCCCGGGUUAGCCCUGCGCGGGGAGGGCUCUGCUGCUCCUAGAAGCUGGUGUGUGACAUGCAGGGGUCCCCGUGCCCUUUCCCGGUGCUGACCCCUGGUCUGUGUGCACCCUCCGACCUGGCGUCCUGGCUGUGCCACAGGGUCGUUCCCCCCGGGUGCACCGACUUCUUGGGGUGCCGCACCAGGCCCUGCUCCUCGUCCUCUGUCAUGUGAGUGAGCUGGACAAGAGCUGUGACCGUGUUGGUGUGGACACAGUAUGGGCGGUCUUCGGGCUCCCUCCUCUCUGCACUGAGCCUCCCCCCUCCCCUCCCCCCCUCCCCGCAGCUCUGCCCAUGCCCAGCUGUCCGUCCAUGCCAGCCCUAGGUGCUUGGGCCCUGCUCCCCCACCCAGGACAGCAUCACGUCCGCAGCGGGCAGCACCUCCUCGCGUGGGGGUCGGGGCGUCAGAACGAGGGGCCGGUGGGGCAGAGGGCUGCGCGCUGCCCCCAGUCGCCAUGGCUGGGAGCCCUUCUCCCGGGCAGCCGGGAGUUCUGGGGGUGCGUCUGUAUAUAAUGGUUUAAUUUAUUACGUUCUUAGUGGAGCUGGCGUGCUUGUGAGGAGCGGGGUUGUGCUCUGGGAGGAGGCAGGUCGGCUGGGCCCUCUGGGUGCCCGCGCCGCGGAGGGGGGCGGCCGGGCGGCCGCUGGAGACGCACCAGCCCCAGGUGCGCUGCCUGCGGAGUCGGGGUCACAGGUCAGUGAGGCAAGCUCGGCCUCCGGAGCCGAGGGGGGCCCUGCGGCUGCGGCUCGGUCUCCACGCCCGGGCGUCCGCCAAGCAUCUGUCACUCGCCGCGCUGGUGGCUCAACCUGUCCGCUCAUGGGGGGCUCGGGCGCACAGGCAAACAGCACCCUCUGGUCUUGGCCACGCGCACAGGCUCCCACCUGGAGCGGCGCGAGGAGGCAGGGAGGUGUGUGAAGGCAGCGAAGGGGUCCCGUCCCUCCGGGGUCAGAGCAGCGCUCCUCAGGAGCAGGCAGAGGACUGGGGUCCCGGUCCUGUUCAAAGAGAUGCGGUCCGCCUGCGCUCCAGCGGCUCUGCCCGCCCAGCCUGGUGUGGGGGUGACAGCCGCGCACGCUCUGACCCGGCUCCCCCCAAGCUCCCGGGGAAAGCCAGGCAGGAGGACUGCAGGGCCCAGCUGGCCCUCACAUUGAGUCUAACACAGGGAAGUGUGCGGCGGCCUCCGCCUCCCGGCUCCUGCAAUAACACUGCCGGGCCAGGGGGACCCCGGCCCCGGACUGCCCCCUCCUACCCGGCAGCAGGUUCGGAGGGACUGGCUUUGAGGUGACCUUUCGUUCGGCUGUUUCACACGCAUUAGCCUGCAGAGGAGUCCCUGAGGCCUCCAGGCGGAGACGCUUGUCCCCCUCGUGGGCCGGACACUUUUGUCAGUAAUGAGUCCUUUUAUCUUAAAACAAGAACCAGCCUAAGAGAAAGACCAUGGGAUGUGAGACAUUUUCAUUCCUGCCCCAGUACAUGGGGUGGGCAUUUCCGGCCCCUCCCCCAGCUGUGUGAUUGUUUUUUAAUUUGCUCGGAAGCAGAAUACUGACUCGUGUGCUGCUGACUGACAUCGUCAGGGACGCUCCCAGCAGGUUCGCUCUGGGUGAGACCAGGACUCCGGCAGCGGCGGCGUGCUGUCCGAGUCCUCGGGGGCGGCUGUCGGGAGUUAGGACGAGGCGAGUGAGAAGAGCCCCCGACAGGCCGCGGCCGGUGGGACCUGCCAGCCCCGCCAGGCGCUGGCCGCUCCGCGCGUGGUUGCUGUGAGCAUUAGGGAGCCAGCACCUCGAGAGUCACAGUCGUUUGCCAAGGUCACAAGCUGCCCGUUUUGCACGUGUCCCUGAAGUUGGCGGCCAUGAGCUCAACCAGGGGCUUGGCCUGUCCCGCUGUGAAAUCCGACAGGCGCACCCGGGACGUUUGGCUGGCAGGAGCCCCGGCUGGCAGGUGGGUCACCAGCACGGGAGACGCCCGGCACCUCGGGGGGUUCCUGCUCGCAUCACGCCGCCCGGGGCGCCAGGCGAGGAGGGGAGGCCUGAGGAGGAUGGGCCCUGCGGUCGGUGCGGUCAGAAGUGGGUGAGGGCGAGCGGCGUGCGGCUCCCUUGCAGCGUGUUGGUUUGCGGCACGAGAAGGAGACGGUGACACCGCCUGCGUGACUCGGGCAUCCUACAGGGCAACACUCACCUGUGUCUGAAACGCAAAUAAAGUUUUUAAACUUG